AUGGACGCGGCGUGGGCGUGCGCGGUGGACCGGGCCGCCGGCGUGGCCGACUCCACCAGGCGCUUCUUCCUCUCCUUCCGCCGCCCUCCCGUUCCUCCUCGGCAGUCUGGCCCCAACUCGGUAGACAUCUUGAAGCGGUUGCAGCGACAGGCGUUUUACGACAUAAUGCAGCUGAGGGAGAGGCAGGAGAAAGUCGAGAAGGUGCUCACGCUGUUCAAGUCUAGUAAGAUCGGCCCGUUUGCAGAAGAGAGCACCCGGGUCAAGGGCCUCGUCAAUUUUUCCGGAGCUCUAGCGCUAAAAGACAAAGAAUCCACAGCACCAGAUACCUCCGAAGCAAAUCCUGGCAUCGGUUCACAGUUUGCGUUCCACACCACUGUUCGAAAGAAGGACUCUCUCGUGGCAGAGCUUGCCACCGACUCAAGAUUCUUAUUUCAGGAAAAUGAUCUCGUUGGGAGCCCUCUUGUGCUGUCGAAGGUGAUGUACCUGGCAAAUGUCAAUGACAACUUCUCUCUUGCUGCUGUGCCAGUAGGAGCAAGGUGUGAUGAUUUUUCAACUGAUCCAAGCAUCCGAGAGGGACACUGGCUUCCCAGCUUCCGUUCCUCGCUGAGGCCACCGUUGCUGCGUAAGCGCCACAAGCACGCUGCUGGCCUGAUACUAAAGUCACAGAACUUUGCAGCUUCUCUCGCCGAGCUGGUCUCAACAGCUGUGAAAAGCUCAUCAGGUGAAGCCAGCAGUAUUUUCACCGGAUUCGGGCAGAUCUCAUGUCGAAUACACGAUGAAAUGAAGCUGACUAUGUCUGCGGCCGUGCACGGACCGUGUGUAAUUCCUCGGAAGCGCAAACCGACUGCUGGAGGGUGUGUCGAUCUUGAACUGAAGCUCGACGAGGACUCUAGGAUCGGGGCCUGGGUCGAGGUGAAGAGGUCGAACCCGAAGCAGCUGAAAUGGGCUGUUGCGCUGUCAGAUAUGCCGGACGAUGACCUAGGCUGGGGCGUGAGCGUGCGGAGAGGUUGUUCCGAGGGGGCGCCAGAACAGAUCCAGCUGGAAGGGUUUCUGAAUUUGCAUCUGGGCCAGAAGGCCACCUUGCAGCCUGGCUUCGUGUUCAGCUUGGAUGGUAGGAGGUGCGCGCCAUCUUUGGUGCUCCAGUCAAGUUGGUUCCUGUGAGGCCUGGAUCAUUCAGGGAUGCUCCUGAUGAGCAUGUAGAGACAACAUUUUGUAGAUCAGAGAAUAUAAAAGUGAUUGUUUGUAUCGUCUCCAUGAAUGACAAAUAUCGAUAAGCAAAGAGCGUGCGAUACAUCUUUGCUACAUCUCAAUGAAUGACGAUUAUUUAUAAGCAAAGAGAGUGCGGUUC